GGCGCCUGCGUAGUGGGACCGGCUGUGGGGGGCGCGAAGCUGAGGCCGGUUGUCUGGGCCUGAGGGUUCCGAUGUCGGCCUUGAGGCGCUCUGGCUACGGUUUCAGUGACGGCCAGUCCUAUGGCCGCUACUAUGGGGCUGGGGGUGGGGAUGUGCCGGACCACACACCGCCGCCCUUGUAUUCUCCUCGCCCUGAACCUCCCCAGACUCCCGUUUCCUGGCGUGCGCGCGGGGGCGGCCCGGGUGAGACCACCUGGUCCGGGGAAGGCGGAGGCGUCAGCGAUGGAUACUAUCGAGUCCAGCUGGAGAGGCCCGGAGGAAGCCACCAGGACCGGCCAUCAUAUUCUAACUACAGUUCUAGCUAUUGGAAUACUGCUGCCAGAUCAAGAGCUCCAUACUCAAGUACCUAUCUUGGAAGAUUGGAGAUGCAAGGCCAGAAUUUGAAUUCUUAUACAAAUGAAACAUACGGACCACCAUACUCCACUAGCCCUGGGACAAAUACUGCCUCAUACUCUGGGCCUUAUUACACAUCUGGAUAUACUCAGACCAAUUACUCUACAGAGGUUCCAAGUACGUACAGUUCACCUGGCAGCAGCCCAACCCCAGUCUCCCGUUGGGUAUAUCCUCAGCAGGACUGUCAGGCUGAAGCAUCCCCUCAUAGGGGGCAAGUGUCAGGAUACCCUGCUGCACAGAGCCCUGGAUUGACCCUGCCCCAUUAUUCUUAUGGAGAUGGUAAUCGUGGUAGUCCACAACCAGGACCAAGUGUACGAUCACAGGAAGACUCAUGGGUUUCUUCUGGGGAUUAUGGAAUAGGAACCCAUUACCCCUGGCCUUCAGCUGCACCUUCAGCACCCCCUGGGAACCUCUACAUGAAUGAAAACGCUUCAUCUUGGUCUAGCAGUGGCUCUCCUCAUCCAUCCCCUUCAUCAUCACCCCAGCAGACCAAGGAAACUGGACAUCUGGCACCCGAACAUGGGGUACCUUUCUCCCCCUUGGAAACUUCACAACAGCAGGAGAAGGCCCAAAGCGGCAGAACAAGUCCCUCGCCUGCUAGGCCUCUCCAAAACCCACUUGGGUCCGGCAUUACCCGAAAGAUGGCACGAAAGAUGGCACGAAGGAUGGCACGACUCUCCUUGACGAAUACAACUAAAAGGAAACGCCAGAGGAUCCGCCGCAAGCCUGAGACUCCUAAAGCGACAUGGCAUGACCUGAAGAACCUAAUCCACAGAGCCCAGGGGCAAGACCCCCCAACAGCCCCCCUUUCACCUCUUGCUCUUUCCGUAUAUCUUGUCCUACUAUCUGGCCUUUCCACCUCUGCUACACCUGCUACACCUGCUACACCUGCUACACCUGCUACACCUGCUACACCUGCUACAUCUGCUACACCUGCUACAUCUGCUACACCUGCUACACCUGCUACACCUGCUACACCUGCUACACCUGCUACUCUACCAGUUUGAGGUGCAGGAGACCCACAAUGAGAUUAACAAGAUCAUAGGAACCGGUAAUUGCUCCCUUGCUGGGUGCAUCUACUAACCUCCUCUUCUCCAAACAUUCCCCACUGUUCAAGGAACCUCUCCCUAUGCUCUAAUGUGUGUCCCCUCCCCCCCCUUUAUGUUCUGGUGUAGCUUCACCUUGUCCUUCCAUAUCAACUCCUCCUCGCCCAACCCAUGCCUUCUAGUCUCUCUUAUUCCACAGCUCACCUUAUAUGGACAGGGCAAGUUCCAGUGGCUGACCUCCCCCACCAGAAUAAGGAAAGCAGUGUUCCUUCCCCUGAUCGUUGGCAUCGGACUAACUGUCUCUAUUGGACUUGCCGGCAGUGCCCUCGGCCACUCCCUCCACACUGCUGGUCUCCUGGAAGAACAACUUCAGCAGUCCCUAGAUUUCACGGCUGAGAGCCUCCAGUCCUUACGUAUACGAAUCGGGACUGGUAGAACAAAAUGUUAAGACUUUCCAUGACCUCAGUUGUGAUUUAAAAAAACGGCUUGCUCCCUUAGCUCCGGACUCUUGGGUGUCAUCCCCCAUGUUAUCUUGGAUUCUUUCCCUCCUGACUUCUCUCCUUGCUAUUGGUACGCUGCUCCUUGUCGCUCCAUGCAUCCUGCAGUUCCUAAAGAACCAUCUCCAGGACAUGGUCCAAGUGAUGAUCCAGAAAGUCUCGGUUCACCCCUACUCUCCCAUCCCGCCAGCUGACUUGAAAGUCAUGGCCAACCUCUUUUAACAAAAGAAAAGGGGGGAGUUGUGGGUCUAAUACAUGUUUGAGCAUGGACGGUUGACCCCCCCGGAAGCUUGUCUAUCAGUCUCCCCUUGGCAUGUCAGCCGUUGUGGUGGAGCGAGACGGGCUGGAGUACUCGGAGGAAUUCCAACCAGCCUAUCAGUCUCACCGCGACUCCUUGCCCCUCCCCCCUCUGAUAGGCUUUGCUUUCCUUAAGUUUCUAUUUCCCCAUUCCAGCAUCACCCUGUAUACCUUCCCCUUGCCUCACUCUCUUUCCUUAUAAGGGGAUAUUGGUCUCAUUGGCCAGCUUGGCUACUUCCCCUGUGCAGCUGACCCUUUAUAAACUUGUAACUGAAACAAUAAAGUUGUUCCGUCCACC